AUAAUAAAUAAACUAAUUUAUUCACCUUAUUUAAAGAAGUAGCUGUUUCAGUCUUAUUACAUGAAAGCGAUGCUGUUAUAACAUUUUUCCUAAUUGCGAUCGUAUAACGAUAAACGGUAUGGAAACGUUCAGGAAGGAUAGGUCGAACAACGGUACCUCGAAGGUGUCAAAGGAGACGAAAUACGGGGGAAUGUGCGAAAGUCAAAUAAUACCACCUACCGAACUAAAAGAAUUUUAGUCUGCUAUACAACAGCACGCGCAACAGCACAACGAAAUGAAGCUGAUAGCUUUUAUUUUCUACUCUAUUCUAAUCGUGAUCGAGUCAUCGAAGUGUCCAGAAUCGAAGAAACCACAUUCCACUAGUUGCACCGUAUUUUACAAUUGCGUAAAUUUGCCUAGUGGCGGUUACGUUUGGGUGCCCAGUAAAUGUACCGAGGGCUUGAUAUUCCAGCCGUACUUAAGAAUGUGUGUUCUUCCUGGCGAUUCUUGGGAAUGCGACACAUUAUCGACAGAAUCGUCUGUUAUAACAAACAGAUACGAUAUUCCUGAAUUGAUCAAUCCAAACGAAACGAGUUAUGUUGGAUUAACAGAAGAUCCAUGGAAUCUUUCUGAACUUAUUGACUCGUCAUAUACUACUGAUAGCAUCCCUGAUUAUUCUGAUCAAGAAACGGUGACUCCAUAUCCUUUGAUUGAAUUUGCAGAAAUAAUGGAACACGAAUCAAACGUGGGCAAUGCUUCCGAAAUUAAUGAUAAAGAGAAGAAUGGUCGUUUACAAACACAAGACGAUAAGAAAUACUAUUCAAUGUUGAAUCAAUUAAUACGUCAUCUGUUACUUUACAAAGAAAUUACUAUUCCCCUGGAACUUUUGGCAUCAUCUACAUCAUCAUCAUCUACACCUUCUAGACUUGUUACAAGCCUACCAUUAAACAAUUAUCUUGUACAAAACUAUAUUCAGCAAAACAAUAAUUUACAAAAUACUAUUAUAACUGGUAUGAAAUUGCAUAACACAACUGAAAGCAGCACAACUUUAAAAAAUAAUGUUGAUGAUACAGUAUUAAAUGCGAAAGAUUCGUCGGUAUUUGAUAACGUGAAGAAUGAAAACACUAUAAUCCUAAUUACCGAUAAUUUGGGGAACAAGCAAUAUUUGACCAUUGAAAGAUACAAAUCAUUGGCUUAUCAAUUGGAUCAACAAUAUGUUCGGUUUAUUCCAUGUAUAAAAAAUAUUCGAAUGCCAAAUAUUACUAACUGCGCCAAGUAUUAUGUAUGUGAACCUGAAAUGGCUUCUGUAAUAGAAUAUUCAUGUCCUUUGUUCACGGCAUUUAAUGCAUAUGCAAGAACAUGCGAUACAGAAAGUUAUAAUAAAUGUGUAGAAAAUAAAAAUAAGGGAAGUACAAAUUCAACUGGAAGUACAGAUAAUACAAUUAAAAUAAAUGUACCAGAUAAAAAUAUAUGUACUGAACACGGAAAAACAAAAGAUAUCACGUCUGAAUCACAUUACUAUAUUUGUUAUUCUGCUUCAGAUAAUUCACAAAUCAAAUCUAUAAGAAUGACAUGUCCAAAUGACUUAAUAUUUUGUCAAACUAAGAAAGUUUGUACAAUAAAAAGUCUCUGUACGACAACAUAAAAUAGGAAUAUCCUUUU